AGAAGGGAUAGUGGUGGUUUUCCCUUGGAUGUCUAGUCAAGAAAGACACGUGAAAGCUUAUGUUGCCCUUUAUGGGUCUCUUGGUUGGAAUUCCCUUGUCUGUCACUCCCAGUUCUUCAAUAUGUUCUUUCCGGAGAGGGCUGAAACUUUAGCAUUUGACAUGCUCAACGGACUUCUUGAGGAGCUAAAGAGAAGGCCAUGCCCUAUAGUCCUUGCAUCCUUUUCUGGUGGUCCCAAAGCUUGCAUGUACAAGGUUCUCCAGAUCAUUGAGGGAAAGUGUGAAGUACAACUGAAUCCGGAUGACCAUAAACUGGUCAGAGAUUGUAUCUCAGGCCAUAUCUAUGAUUCUAGUCCAGUGGAUUUUACGAGUGAUCUGGGGAGACGAUUUGUUGUUCACCCAACUGUUCUCAAAAUGUCUCAUCCACCAAGAAUGCUGUCUUGGAUGGCAAAUGGAAUUAGUAGCAGUCUUGAUGCUCUCUUCCUCAGCAGAUUUGAAUCACAGCGUGCUGAGUAUUGGCAGACUCUCUACUCCUCUGUUAGCAUGGGGGGUCCAUAUCUAAUUUUGUGCUCAGAGAAUGACGAUCUUGCUCCUUAUCAAGUCAUUUGCAAUUUCGCUCAAAGACUAAAAGAACUUGGUGGUGACGUAAAGCUUGUGAAAAUGAAUGACUCUCCGCAUGUAGGACAUUAUCGAUCUUAUCCUGUUGACUACAACACUGCUGUGACUGAGCUCCUUGGUAAGGCAGCUGCAAUUUAUUCCCAAAGAAUUCAACGACUUGAAGGAGAAAGGAUGGGCUUCGAGGGGACACAUGAUGAGAUAUCUGAGCCAAUCAGUGACCUGAGGAAAGCAGCUGUCAAUCCACACCAUAGUUUUCGGGGAGUUAGUAUUGCACCAAGUGAUCAUUUCUUUAUGCCAAGCUCAGUAGAGUACUAUGAGGGUAGAGAUGUUGGGUCCUUGCAAGAUGAGCACAAGGAGAAUUUGGUUCAUUUGCGAACCCCUCCGACUAUCAACCCGGAUGGAGUUCUUGGUCAAAUCCUUUUCGAUGUCUGCAUUCCCAAGAAUGUUGAAGGUUGGGAUUUAAGGUCAUCAGCUUCCUUGAGCAGACACCCAUUUAAUCCCACCCGAAGGUAUGCUCCAUUUAAUCCAAUGAAAUGCAUACGCCGUUCAAGGCUGUAACAGCUCUCACUGACAACCUAGAGGCGAGAUUGCUGGUGUGAAUGUGCAAGAUUCAAAUUAGGUGUGAAGCCUUGGCUCUGAGGUUUCCAAAGAGGCAAUGCUUUCUUCAUCCUAAAAGAAUAAACGUGGGAGCCAGGGGGUUUGAGCUUUGAGGUGUAUUAUCUGUAAACCUCCUUGUCUCCAGACGAAGUGUACAGUAAAUUUAUUUGCAACACUUACUUUGGAGUCUCCUGUGGAAACAAGUAGAUUUUGUGAAAUGUAAAUCCACUAAUUCCCGAAGCUAACGUUCCUAGUAUCUUUCUGUGGUGGAGUUCCCCCCUUGCAAACUACCGAAAAAGAAAAUAAUAAUAACAAGCUGAGUUGCUACUCCGGUUAAAGAGCUUAGGGCUAUAACAUACUGAGUAAUGAAUGCCUUCUGAUGAA